AUGGCAUUAGCGACGUCGUCAACAACAAAAACACAAUCAGCUGGUUCAUCAUCUAUUGUUCCUGUCAGUCAUCCACAAUUUACGCGUAAUGCAUCAUGUCCAACUCAACGAACAUUGUCAUCAACGAUGAAUAAUUCACUUCAGAAAAAGUAUAGUUCAUCAUCUCAUACUUUGCAGACAUAUUUCAAUCAAGUCGAUCAACGUUCAAACACGAUUCCAUCACAGCAUUCGACCAAUUUAGAAAAUAAAAAUUUUCUUCAACGACUCAAAACUCGUGUUGUCAACUUAUUUAAACAUAUGUCAUAUGGUGGCAAUCCAAUAAAUAAUGAUGAUAAUCUAUUGGAUAUAAAUCAACAAUCAACAUUUAUUUACGAUCCUGAACUUGAUUUACGAGAAGAACAUUUAUCACUCGUUGCCAAACGUCUAUUGACCACAUUACGCGAAAGCAAAAUCAAACAUUUAUCAUGUGACAAUCUGUUUAUUCCAUGCAAUCAUAUUCGUAACAUUGCGCGACAAUGUUUGAUCAUGUCAGCUGAAGAACCAUUUGGUAUUAUGGGUGCGCAAAUCAAAAUCAAACUCACUCUUCUCUCACCCAACCUCACGACAACAAUCACCAAAUAUUUGCCGAUCAUUCAGAUUAACCCGAAACAAAAGACCACGUUCGAAAUCGAAAUCGAUCUUCAUGAAGAUACGAAAGUGUUUACGAUGCGACGACUUCUUCCAUCAAUGAAGAUGUUCAAACAAAUGAGAGAACGAAGUCCAUUGUAUGUAAGUCCCCGGUGUAUUCUUGUGAAAAAUGUCUUCUAUAAAACAGCUGAACCCAAACGAGCUAUUAUCAAUUCAUCCUGA